CCAGGCUCUCCGGCCCCGCUCUCGGAAAGUUUGCAGAUGGACAAACUCGAAAAUAAAGGCAACCACGUCGACGUCAACUUCUGCAUCUACACAACUUCGUAUCUACAGUAUGCCUAGCAGCUCGAGCUUGUACGCAUGAAUAAGCGCAAAAGAACUGCUAGUAUAUCUCCUCCCCCGAUGAAGACUCAAAAGGUGCUAGACAGCUACACAUCACCACUCAGGACUAAUGCACUCUUUGAAGCUGGCCAAGCAAAGCUGAAUCACGUAUCGAACACGUCUUCAUCGGCGUCUGCCGGCGCUUCAAACACUUUGAAGCGCACGAUCAAGCUCAUCUCGUGGAACUGUGAUGGUUUGAACAAGUACCUCUCGCCAGACAACACGACACUUGACAAGUUCAUCACGCGUCGUGGUAGUCCUACUCGCAACACGGCAAAGACAAGCUUCUUGACACAGUUUCUUGCUCAGCAUUCGCCAGAUGUUUUGUGUCUGCAAGAAGUUCAUGUGUCUUCUAGCAAGCGCGCCUCGCUGUUGAGACGCCUAAAGAGUGACGCACCAAACUACGAAGCCACGUGCUGCUUGCCUGCUUCCAAUAAGCAUGCUGGUGUAGUGACGCUGUGCAUCAAAUCACUUGCUGUGAAGCAUACAAUGGAAGUUGAUUGGGACCAUGAAGGUCGAGUAUUGAUCCACGAACUUGAUGGGUUGACUUUGUUCAACGUAUAUUGCCUUAAUUCGUCAGACCAUCCUUGGAGAGAUGCUACAGGUACGAUCAAGGGCACAAGAGCCGAACGGAAGCGACAGUUUCAACGCCUGCUAGCUCAAGAGAUGCUGUUACAGUCCGCUGAGCAGCCUGUUGUUGCACUUGGAGACUUCAACAUCAGCCGAUUUGCUUUGGAUGCAACACCAGGAACCUUGAGAACGCAGGAGACGCAUGUCAAGAAUCGGCGCGAGUUUAAUGCGCUAUUUGGCAAAUUUGUUGACCUCAUUCGGGAGGCACAUCCGUCUGCGAGGAAGUACACGUGGCAUUCACGCACAGGCACAUCAGAAGCCCGGGUAGACUUGAUUUUGGCAUCUUCAGACGUUCAGAGGACUGUAUGCGAUACUAUGGAGUCUGUUGGACGUGGCCAAUCAGAUCAUUCGCCGUUGUUCGCAGCCAUCUUGAUCCCAUCUCAACAAAUUUCGGGCCAACUCUUCGACCAGUGCUGAACUGUGCUUCACUCAGAAGACUCUGCUAUACGGCUUGCUCUGCGUCUGUCAGGCUCGCUCGUGCUUCAAAUGAGCAAAUAUUUGUCCGCUUGUCAUGAGAAUCGUCGCUUUCUGGCAAACACAAGCAAAUUUGGCGCAAACACGUCAAACAAAGAACAAAGAAAUCGAUGGGAUAAAGGAACGAGCAAUUCCCCAUCUCGCAAAUCAGAACCAUCAAGCAAAGCGGCUUCUGCUCACUAAAGCUAUCAUCGAGUCGGCUGGUCCAAGUACUCACAACACUCUUUUCAAGACACAACAAACGGUCCUUUCCAUCACAAACAGCCUCACGAUGCAGUUCCUGCCAGAGUUACUCAUGUUUGCCCUCAGCAGGUAAGUCCAAGCACUCCAUC